GCGGGCGCUAGGGCCGCGCGCGGCUGACGCCAUCGCGGCGGCGGCAGCGGGUGUCGGUCGAUGGCCGCGGCGGAGCCAGCGGCGCGGAAGCGGCGGCCCAAGGGGCACUUCGCGGCGGCGGCGGGGCGGGCCAAGCGGCCCCGCGGCGGCGGGGGGCGGCAGCUGGAGGCCGGCAUGCGGGGCAUCCUCAUCACCUGCAACAUGAACGAGCGCAAGUGCGUGGGGGAGGCCUACAGUCUCCUCGGCGAGUACGGGGACUUGCUCUACGGGCCCGAGCAGUUUUCAGAUCACGAGGAGCGGCUGUCUGGAAGCGAGAGGGAGGAGGAUGAGGAUGACGUGGAGGCUGCUUUGAAGAAGGAGGUUGGCCAGAUCCGUGCCUCAACGGAGCAGAAGCUGCGGCGGUUCCAGUCAGUGGAGAGUGGUGCCAACAACGUCGUCUUCAUCAGAACCCGUGGCAUAGAACCUGAGAACCUGGUGCACCAUAUAUUAAAGGAUAUGCAUACCACUAAAAAGAAGAAAACAAGAGUCAUUCUGCGCAUGCUACCCAUUUCUGGAACUUGCAAGGCUUUUAUGGAGGAUAUGAAAAAAUAUGCAGAAACGUUUUUUGAGCCUUGGUUUAAAGCCCCUAAUAAGGGUACUUUUCAGAUAGUUUACAAAGCUCGUAAUAACAGUCAUAUGAGUAGGGAAGAAGUAAUUAAGGAAUUGGCAGGAAUUGUGGGCAGCCUCAAUCCAGAAAACAAAGUCGAUCUUAAUAACCCACAAUAUACAAUUGUGGUGGAAAUAAUAAAAAACGUCUGUUGCUUGAGUGUGGUGAGAGACUAUGUUCUGUUCAGAAAAUACAAUCUACAGGAGGUGGUGAAGAGCAACAAAGAAGACAUACAACAAACCCCAUCAAAUCUGACAGAAGAACAGAACUCAAAGGUAGUAAAACCAGAAACCGAGGAGGAGGAGAUGAGCUCAAAAGAAGUAAAACAAGAGAACAAGAAUCAAGGAUCUACAGUUCUUCAGAAGAAACUGCUGAAAAGCUACCAUCCAUUUGUCAAGCCCAUGCCUGACAUUUAGAUGCUGCCUACACUGCAGUCUUAAAGAUGUCUGCAUUCUUUUACUUCUCAUUUCUCAUAAU